UGUGUGUGCCUGUGUAGUAGCUUUAAACGCGUGAAUCUGGACGCCCUAUCUGAAUUGAAUAGGACCCUCUGCAGACAGGCCGUGCUUUACAGUCCUCUCAAUGUGUUUUUUACCAAAUGGAAGCAGAGGUGUUGAACCCCCAGAUGAUGGCAGACGUCAAUGGCAACAACAAAAUCACCAACGCGGAGCUGGAGGUGUUAAAGCUCCAGGAAUUGGUCCGAAAAUUGGAGAAGCAAAACGAACAAUUGCGGACUAGAGCGAACGCUGUAAACAAUUGCUCCAACGGCCCUCGUAUCCAGACCUCGUUGUCGUGUCUGCAUGGGGGUACGGCGUGUCCGAGUGAUAAUUUAUCCUGUAAAUAUGGCAUUUUGAAUCCGACUCAGUCGCAUCCGUGUGCAACGGAGGAGCCGUUUGCCUAUUUUCAGCCGAGCUCGGUGUCUGCUGAUGCCGAUGGGGGGGACAGCGGCACCGCCGGAGCCACAACUGUUUUGGAUGAGGUUGAUAUUUUGGACCUCAACACCGUGCUUCCUGUCGGAGAGCCCGAUAGCUGGCUGUAUGUGAGUCCUAAAGCCAAGCUGCAGGGUGAGAGCGUCCUCAGCCCUCUCCAGUGGUGCAGGCAGGUACUGGACCACCCGGGGCCCGAGGUGGAGCUGGCUAAGAUGACCCUCUGUCACAGACUGGACCAAGCUAAGCGGAGGCGAGGAGUCUCCUCCGUCCGUCCAUACAGCUGCAUAGAGGGGCUCUCCACCCUCAGCUGCCCUGUCCUGCCUUACACUAAAUCUGCUGCACUAACCGAGUCCCCAGCCGCACUGCCAUCAUCUGGUCAGUCUUUUCUCCAGCCAACUCUCCCACUCAGGGCCAGCUGUAGCCUCAGUGACAGAGCGCCCACCUUCCUAUCAAACUCCACUCUCCACAAUGUGGGUCGCCGUCAUGCAGCUAUCAGCCCCCAGUCUUCCGUUGACAGCGAGGUCGGUGUGUCAGAGAUGGAGGAAAACUCCAUCUCUAUGAGCUACAAACUGCAGGACAUGACAGAUGUGGAGGUCAUGGCUCGACUUCAGGAGGAGAGUCUCCGACAGGACUAUGCCUCUACCUCAGCCACAGCCUGCCGUCGCAGCUCCAGCUUCUCAUUACACUCCCUCAGGCGCAGUGAGAUGGAUCUGGAGGAGGAGGAUGAGGAGGAGGACGAGGGGUAUGACCAGCUCCCUCCUCCCCAACCUCGACUGUUCCGCACAGGGUCUAUGCAGCGGGGCACCCUGCCCCACUCUCACACCUUCUCCAGUAUCAGAGACUGCAGACGCAGCUCAGCUACCCCUCAGUUUUCACUCAGUGGACUCUCACAGUACUCUGGACCCUCCAGCCUGACCAUGGAAACACACACAGCAUACAGGAAUAGCACAGACAAGCUACGGAGAAGCAUGCCCAACCUGAUCCGAGCUCCCAGCAUGCCCAGUGUUCCCAGUAUUCCAUGCCUGGCUUCCCCUGUCAACCCAUCCUCCCACGGCCCCUCUUCCUUGCCAGCAAUAUCCUCCCUACGGAGCAGCCAGAGCUUUGACUCAUCCAGUGGGCUUGCACGACUCCAGUCCUCCAUUCCUUCCCCCGGCCAGCUCAGCCAGCGAGUCCAGAGUGUGGGGAACUUUCCCACCACUCCCCGACAUCCACUGAAAGCCACAGCCUAUGUAAGCCCCACAGUACAGCAGGGCCCCACCUCCACCUCCCUGUCCACCUCUACCAGUCUACACUCCAUCCCCAGCAAUGCAGCACUGCCUCAGCCCCUCAAACCCAGCGGCAGUUUGGUACCUCAGCCCCUAAAAGCCAGCGCCAAUCAGCCGGCUGUCCUUCGCAGUGCCCUUCCUCGCCCAGCCUCUUUUGUAGGGACAAGUGGAGUUCCACGAUCAAGCAAAAUCACACAACCCACACGCAGUGCAAUGUGUAAGAGAAAUCGAGGACCUACUCAGCUGGAAAAAUACAAAAUUUGUGUGGGUUCCAGGAACACCUUGCAAAACAAAAAAAGUUUGCUUGACGUCCAACAUUACAAAUUGUAUCAUUACUUGUUAUUUGCUGACUCCUCCAAAGAGCCUGGCUGCCCUGAGUGCCCUGAGGGAUGGGAGCUGGAAAGAUGGCUGCUACUGAACCCAAAUGAUCUGAAGCUCAAGAGGUGCACAGGGUAACACUGCAUGGGACCCAACUACAAAUUUAAAACUUUGCUGUCAGGAGGGCCUGGGACCCAAGUGAGAGUGACUGUUAACAUUUCUAAAAGGCACUACUCUUUCACUGAAGGACAAAGUAGAGACUGAGAACAGUAUGGGUCCAGCAGGCUGGAUCUUUACCUUACUACCUGCUGAAACACUGACUGACACACUAUGAAACAACCUGGCAAUAUUCUGUUAAUCAGUUGUUAAAUGUGAACUGGAUCUUCUUUGAGAUUUUUUGAUUUGUCAUUGUGGAUAAUUAAGGGGACCUAUUAUGGUAAUUUUCAGCUCUGUAUUUUUCUGGAUUAGCUUUGCGUGAUUCACAGUUCAAAUAAAAUCCUUUAUCUUACUGUA